UUUGCCUAUUUCCGGUGCAGGCAGUCUGGCAGAGCAGGCAGGCAACUGGGCCAGAGUCAGACAGGCCUGCCCGCCACGCCGUCCCGACGGCCAUGGCCCGACCCUUCUCUUCCCCACACAUCCCGUCUUCAUCCUGGGUGACUCGCCGCCCUCCUCCCUGGACCUCCUCACCGUCCGUCUCCACCACGAGAACUAGCGCCUCGUCUAUUACCGCGUGCAGACCGCGCCGCAGGGCAGUCGCGCCGGCGGCCUCCCUCCACCUCGGCCCGGGGGAGAUCGCCGAGCUCGCGCGCAACAAGGUUUUGAUUGCGGCGACAGUGGCGAGCGCGAUCGGGCAGCUGUCCAAGCCCUUCACCUCGGUCAAGAAUGGGGGCGUCGGCGCCGGCCUUGACCUCAGAACCGUCUUCCGCUCCGGAGGGAUGCCCUCCACCCACUCCGCGAGCGUUGUUGCAGUUGCUACUUCGCUUGGGCUAGAAAGGGGGUUUGCAGACUCCAUAUUUGGAAUGUCAGUGGUGUUUGCAGCAAUUGUAAUGUAUGAUGCUCAGGGAGUAAGAAGAGAAGUGGGCAACCACGCCAAGGUCUUGAACAGGUUUUGGAUCCUCAAAGAGAAGGCACCUCUGGAGUAUUCUGAAGUGGACAUGGCAGCUCCUGAGUUUGUUUCGGUCUCCGAGGAAGCGAGCUCCAAUGCGAGCCCCUCCUUGAAGCGCGGUUGUAGCACCGAAUCACCAAGGGUGAAUGGGCUCCGUGGGUCUGAGCUGACUGAGCUGAAGCAGGCUUACGUAGAGGAGGAUUACCGGUUGAGUGAAUCUGUUGGCCACACGGAGCUUCAGGUCACAGUCGGCGCCCUGUUGGGUUUUGCUGUAAGCUUAGCAGUGUAUGCAACACUGUAAGAGCAACUCCAAUAGUUA